AGUGUUUUUCCUGUCAGUAACUUCAGAAAUAAACAGAAGAGACGUGUAAAGCCCGAGUCAGAGCUGUAUCUGAUGGUAUCCUGUUUGGUAUGUCAGAUGGGUGGAGUUUCAGGAUCAUUCAGACAACUCAAGACUGUAUAUCCUGUCCCUAACAUUGUGGAAACUAUAUAGCAUUCAUAGGAUUUCAUAUUCUCUGUAGGAAGAAUAAAUUGAACACCACAAAGACUGACUAUAUAACUAGAGAUUAGUUAAAUUAUACCUAUUAUCAACUAAAUCAUCAGCUGUAUGUAUUCACAUUGUCUGGUAAGACAUCAUCAUCUGUGUCUAAUUUGCUUACAACAUACUUUACUAAGCAGGUUUUCAGUAUAAAAACACUCUUUUAUUGUGCUGUUGAUACACACACUGUUGUCCCACAAUGCAAAGCUCAAAGUUAAUAGAGUUCGUAACAAACGAACAAUUUAUUCUUUAGUUAAAUCAGCAGAGGCAUUAUAAAAUGCUUGAUUGAUAUGUAUUAGGAAGUAUGCUCUGUACUGUACUAUAAUGGAAGUACUAUGUAGUGUAGGAAUAGGACACUGUUAUUGUCUGCUCUACUUCCUAUCCUCCAUUGUACUUUCCUCCUUUAGUGCAGUGUGUUUCUAUAAGAUAAGAUAAGAGCUUAAAACAACAGGAAAAACAAGUUGUCCGGUUGUAAACACAAACAGCUUUAUACACAUUGUCCACUAAUGCAGGCUGGUUUUGUUUUGUAUAAUAAUGAGUGAAACUGGGUAAGAAUCCAAAGGAAAAGAAAGUCUGUGAUCACAAUACCAUUACAGUACGAUUACAUUCAGUCUGACAUAGUAUUACAGCGCCCUGCAGCGGAGUUUUGAUCUGUGAACUACGUACCCUUCACGGUCUGACGACUCAGUGUGGUCUGAUGACUAAACAGAUUUGUGGAUAUGCACACUUUUGUUUUUGGACAUACGGCAUUAGACACAUAGCCUAGUUUUACACACAGGAGGGAGCCAGUUUUGGACCGACACACAGCAUGAUUUGACGCAGCUGGCUUAUUAAUAAUCUGUGUGUGUGUGUGCAUGCAGCCGUGCAGAGGUCAUCAGCACACAGAUGACACAUUUACGCUUUUAGCUGAUGCUCGUAUUCAGAGCAGCUUAACGGCACCGGGCAUGUGGAUGCUUUGCUUUGGGUCACAUGCUCCCAGAUGCCAUAUAUGGUCGUACCUGACGUGUCUAAAAGACCAUGUAACUCUGCGAUAUACAGUGAACCAUUUUGGGGUUAAUGGUUGAUUUCCUUUGAAGUGUUUUCUAAAAGAAAGGUGUUCCGUUUACCUGCCAUGCAUGAACGCUUAUACCAGUUUCUACUUUGUCAUGCAAGAUUCCUGAAUAAGAACAUUUUGUGUGGGAAUUGGUUCAUUUCCAAAGGAAGUCAUACUUGUCCUCCCACAGGAACAUCUCCUCUCCAUCUCCAUCUGUCUCACUCUCACUUAAGAUUACCACAUCAUAGCUCUGUUACUCUCUGUCAUCUCCAGUCUGGCUCUUGUUGUCCUUAUAUUCUGCCCUUUUUCCUCCUGCUGCCCUUUCCAGCUCUCCCCUCCUCAUCAUUUGGCCAUCAUCUGCCCUCUGCUCUUCAUUUAAUGACUUCAUUUUCCUCUUUUCUCCGUCUGCCUCAGUUGCUCUUCCUUUCUCGCCUUUUUGUCCCACCCGCGGAUUCAUCAUGUCGUAGAAACCGCUGAGAUUAACGUGGGAUUAUGCACGGUAGGGUUUUAAUGGUUACGUAAAAGUCAGCACUAAAUCCAGAAUGAUUUGCUGGGAUUAGAUGCAUUUGUGUGUUUUGCAGAGAGAGGGAGGAGACGGUAGUGGAGGUGGGUGGAGAAAACGAUCACAGCGAGCCAAUCCGAGCAUGAUAAUCUUAACAGUGUGCCCUGCUGAGAUGGAAAGUCAAGGGAAUAGAAGAUGAUUCCAAGAUGGAUAGAAAAUAUGCAGAGCUUAGACACACAGAUAAAGCAGGGAAUUGUGAACAAUUUGCAUAAAAGAAAACGGUUGCUGUGAUGGAAGGAAUGCAAGAGGACGAGUAAACUUUGGCUGUUGGCUGGCGAAGUGUUGGCGAGCUCUUUUCCCUUCUGAUGGCAUCGCUGGACGCCUGCCUUCACAGCUCAGACAGUAUGCGUGUAAACUCCACCAGAUGUCUGACGAGGAUAUUAAUUCCGUAAAUGCAGACUGUUGCAUCAAGUCCGUCACAAUUUGGCUUAUUGUGUGUGCUGGUGUUUUGGUCGUGUUUUGAAAACCUUCGGGAUCAUCUUGGCUUUCAGGUUUCAGUCAAGAGAAAACCUUUCACCUAAGAAGACUGGAAUCAGUUCUGAAACAACACAACAAAUGGAUUUUGCUUUGUACCUGCCUACAGAGUCGGGUUGAAGAGGAAGUUGUCCUUUUUGGGAAGCAUUCUUUCCCUCUUGGGGGUGAUUUGAGAUUUCUUUCUUGACUGAGAACGAGGACCUCAGAACGUGGCUGUUUCUGAACCACCAAUCUACGUUCAAAUUCAUUUAUUUGAACCAGGGUCUUCCUUGGUGUGUCCAUCUCGAGCCAUAUUGCUCAUGCCCAGUCAGCUCCUACAAUGAUGUUCUGCACCACCUUCCUGUCUGCUCCCUCUGAGGACCUCAAUUGUGAGGGCAGUGGAGGAGGAGGAGCAGUAGGAGGUGGAGGUCUGAGCCCAGGGAGUUGCCUGUCAUCUUUACACUGCCUGGUUCUCCCCCAGGACGAACUGUACCCACCUCUCUCCGACCCGACCGCUCAGCUCUCCGUCUGCCCCAAAGAGCGAGCGCACAAGUUGGUUGGCAAAAUGCUUCUCGACGUCAGCAUGACCACCUGCAGAGCAAGAGACAGUGGGUGCAUUUGGGACAGGGUGAGAAGGCGGCGCUGUCGGUCCGCCUCGCCUUCGCCCAGCAAAACUCCCAAAAGUCCAUGUAGUGAGAGUGUUAAAGGCCCAACGUUGCCCAUGGCUACCGUGGACAUCAAAAACCCAGAGAUCAGCAAUGUACAACGUUACCAUAACAACUCUCAGGUGAACAACAUUGUCCACUCCUCCUUCCCCAAGAAGGAGAAGAAGACCAAGGGGAAGAAGAAGCGGUUAACCAAGGCGGACAUCGGCACACCGAGCAACUUCCAGCACAUUGGGCAUGUAGGAUGGGAUCCAAACACAGGCUUUGAUUUGAAUAACUUGGACCCAGAGCUGAAGAACCUGUUUGAUAUGUGUGGCAUCUCUGAGGCUCAGCUGAAGGAUAAGGAGACCUCUAAGGUCAUCUAUGACUUCAUCGAGAAGAAAGGAGGUGUAGAAGCUGUCAAAAAUGAGCUACGGAGACAAGCUCCUCCACCCCCUCCAUCCAGAGGUGGCCCUCCUCCCCCACCCCCACACCACAGCUCAGCUCCUCCCCCUCCCCCUCCCCCUGCCCGGGGGCGAGGUGCCCCGCCGCCUCCUCCCCCCUCCAGAGCUCCCAUCUCCGCGCCCCCUCCUCCCCCUCCAUCCCGGCCGGGCAUGUCCGCCCCGCCGCCGCCUCCCCCGCCCAGCCGAGGCUCCCUCCCGCCUCCCCCUCCACCGGCCCACGCCUCAAUUCCUGUGGCGCCUCCCCCGCCGCCUCCUCCUUCCUCAUCCUCAACUCCAUCCAGUACUGGUGGACCACCUCCUCCCCCUCCUCCUCCACCGCCCCCUGGCCCUCCACCCCCUGCCCCUCCGCUGCCCACGGAGGCUAACGGAGGGGACGGCGGUACAGUUGGGAAGUCGGCACUGCUGAGUCAGAUCAGAGAGGGCACCCAGCUGAAGAAGGUGGAGCAGAAAGAGAGGCCGGUGUCCAGCACCGGCAGAGACGCGCUCCUGGACCAAAUCCGACAAGGAAUCCAACUUAAACCGAGGGAGGAAAACACAGAUUCAGCUCCUUCCACCCCGGCACCCUCGGCAGGCAUCGUGGGGGCUCUGAUGGAGGUGAUGCAGAAACGGAGCAAGGCUAUUCACUCUUCGGAUGAGGAUGAUGAUGAUGAAGACGAGGAGGACUUUGAGGAUGAAGAUGAAUGGGAGGACUAGCGAUAUUUUGUUUUGUUUUUUUUGUCCCCUCCCCCAAAAACCCCUGGAUGAUUCUGACACUAAAAUUGUUCUUGUCUUUCUAAAAAAAGAAAUCUUUAAUUUCAAAAUUAUAAAUGUAAAUGUUCUAUCGAUUUGCUGUAUAUUUUUGUUGCCUUUAUGCUUUUUUUUUUAUUAAUCUGUGCAAUACCUCAUUUAAUCUGUAAAUGUUUGUCAUUCUCAUAUCUUAGGUUGUUGUUUCUUCAUCUCCGUCACUGUCCGUCUCUGUUGGUCUCCAUCUCCGUCACUCGAUAGCAAUAUGUCACAUGUCUCAUUUUAGCUGUUUGGCUUUCUCCGUCUCUACCCAUCUUUCUCCUCCUCCUCCCACGUCCCCCAAACUCUUCUCCUCUAUCUGUCGCUCCAUCCUGUCAGCCAACCUUCAUAUUUUCUGCCUCCCAUCAUCCCAUCACACACACGUUCCCUCCGUGUUGCUCUCCACGUGUUCCCACUCCCCAGAUUGACAUGUGCAAUUUUACAUCAAGUUGUCUCUUGAAACUUAGAGUUGAAUGUUGUUUUUUUUCUUUCUUUUCUUUUGGUCAGUGAUUGAAGGGGGAGGGCUUACAAAAUUCCACAAAUCCUUCAUCAAUCAUGUCGUCAUUGUUCGUCAGGAAAAAAAAAUUAACUAUUUUCAUACCCUAUUGCUCUCUAGUUUAUUUUUACGAAUUCAAAUGAUCCUAGUUUAGCACUCAUAUUUUCUUAAAACAAAGAAGAAAAAAAGGAAAAGGCUCUUUUUGGAAUAUUUAGCUUCGUUUUGCUGUCGACUGUAAAUUUGCUCCAGAGUUUGAGUCUUGUUAUAUUUUUGCACAGAUUGAAAGAGAGGACUCGCUGCAUGAAUACAGGACAUUUUUCAGGUCUGUAUCAUUAUGGAACAUCCAUGUGCUUUAAGUAAUGUGGCAAAAUACACUUGGACGUUUUUAAACCGUUAACCCACCGCAGUACACACAUGAAGAUGGCCCCGGCAAGUAUGGCUGGCUAUCUGUUGUGAAUUGUAGUUUUUUUUUUUGUCACUGUCACACUACAGAUUCAGUUCAAAUUGUGUUUUGCUUUUUAUCUUUUUUUUUUUUUUUUUUUUACAGAAGCAAGCAGAGUAUUCAAACAUGCCUGUUUGUUGGAAUCAGGUGAUCGUGUAAAGCUUUGAGGAAUAAAGACAUUUUAGUUUUACACACCUGAUGCUUAUAAUGGGUCCAUAUGCUCAGUUACUGUACAGAAACAGCGGGGCUAAAGUAGUGUUGCUCCUGUAUUUAGACACUAAGUACUGACACAGUGUAUGGAGAAACACUAGAUUCAUGGCAUUAUUCAAACGAGUAUCAAUAUUUUCUUGACUAACUAGUAAAUCAUGAGGUGUAAUAUAGGAAUUACUUGUUAAAAAGAACAGUGGUCAAUUAUUCUCUACAAAGACCAAGUAGUUGGAUGUCGACAUGUAUUUUAUCUAAACUAAAUAUUUCCCAAUAAUUCUUGCUAUGCGUUUAUUUAAAGGUAGGUUUGUCACAAAGGACAAACAUUUAAAUGCAAAAUUGUCAGUCAAUUACAAACAGGAUUAAAAAAAAUCUGCUUCUUUAUUUUUAAUAAAAGACAACUGCAAUGGCAUAACUUGUCCCAGUGUGGUAAACCCAACCAGUGUGGCUCAAAACAGUAAAAAUCCGAUAAAGUCACCUGUUUGUAACUGCUACCUAACAUGGAGACGCUAUACUUACACAUUGCUUUCUAACCAACGAGAGUAGAUAUGUUUCUCUCUUUUUAAAGCUACUGUAACUUGCUUAACAACCGCAACUGCAGCCACAAGUGACAAUUAUGGAAAAAUACUGAAAUCUAUAACAGUAGCACAAACUGAACGACAUAAAGUAAUAUCAAUCGAAAGUUUGCUAACAUCUACCAGAGCUGAUAACUGCUAACCUUUUUUUUCCCCUUUAAGCGAUUAAGCUCGGCCUUUCAGGGGUUCUCUAUGGCAGCCAUGUUGGCUCUACGGUAGCUGUUCAAUCAUUUUUGUAAAUUAGGGAUCAUUAACUGCACUUUCGGGUUUGGGUAAAUAAAAGUUUUGUCCUUUUUAAAAUAAAGAACAUCUUGUAAAAACAUUACCUUACUUUGCUCUCUAUUUAGCUGCGUAGCACUCAGUGGAAAGACCUAACCAUUUAACAUUAGCGUUCCAGAAAGAGGUAUGUUAAUAAUGCACAUGCUAACACGUAGCAUGCUAGAAUUGCUCACAUGUUUUUGGGUUUUAGUUGAGCUAACGUAGAAAUACAGUCUUAUCCGGCAAAAAUAACGCAACAUGACUUAAAUGUUUUUUGACUUUUGUUUGUUUGUCCCGACUGUUUGCAAAAGAAGAGGAAUGUCGGUGUCCUCUUUUAAAUCCUGUCUUUGAGAGACAAAUUGCCACUUGUUUGAUGUAAGAACUGACCUCUUGUCAAAUAUCAAGAUACUUUUUGGGGAAAAACCUAGCCAUGUUUUCGCUGAUGUUAGCUUCUGUAGGUAACUCAGUUAUUAAGAUGUUAUGGACGCCAGGCCUUAUCAGUGAGGCUUGACAAACAAUGAACUCUUACAUUGUACACUCCAAUAAAAGGUUGAUAUUUA